AUGGUUUUCGAAAGUUUGUUUGGGACGAAAAAGGCGCCUGAACCUUCUUCUCCUCCGCCAGUACUUUCACAAGCAAAAGUAGAAACUGAUAUCGAAGACGAUCGCUACAUAAACGCAAAGAAAGAUUGUCGACCAACCGAAUUAGAAGAUUAUGGUUAUUACUUUUUCCCCGAAAGAUUUGGUAAAGAAUAUAAAAUCACAUUUCCUCAACGUAUCUUACAAUUAUCCAUCCCAUUCGAUUCGGCAACCCGUGAUCUAGCAAGAAAGAUCGAAUGCGAAAGAUACAUAAUCAAAUCGAUCGAGUCCAAUCCAUUGAUUAAAACUCUUGUGCAAGCACUUGCUGACCAUAACUGUCCGAUCGAUCUCUCACGUCACUUUAGUUGUGAACAUUGUGAUGCUGCUAUGCCGACUGGCAUGUUUGAUCCAGCCACAAAUCAAAUCGUUGUCUGCCAAAACCAGAUAUCUUCCUUCGACAAUUGUAUCAUCACCGGACUUGUACAAGCAUUUGAUUAUUGUCGUAACAAGUUCGAUGUACAUAAUCUACGGCAUUUUGCGUGUAGUCAAAUACGUGCAUUGAAUUUUACCGACUGCGGUUUGCUCAAAGGAUGUUAUGUGGAUUUACGGGUUAAACGUCGGUAUCAUGCAUGUUUAGAAAAAGAAGCUGUACAACGAUUGCGCAUGAUGCGUUCUGUCGAAGAAAAAGAAGCUAAGCAGAUAGUGAAAGAUGUUUUCCGACCAUGCCGACACGAUUUGGAACCAUUUGGACAAGAACCGAAACUUCAAUGGAAGAAUAACUAUAUUUACAAUGAUUACGAACGAUAUCGACGUUGGUCACAAACAACCUCAUAG